CCCCUUCACCGGUGUGCCUAGGCUGGGUCCUCUCUGAACGGCCCCUACCAUACACGUGUCGUGUUCUCCACCGCUGCUUCCUUUCUCCACCUGCCCGAUGUCGCCCCCAAAUCCUGGCCAGGCCCAGUAUCCACGUGUCUGUCUGUCUGUUCACCCGUUUGCGUGACCAUGGGUCGGCGCGCCCGGCUCCGGCCACGGCAGGUGCAGGGUUAAAGCGGAAUGGGUUGAGGGGGGCAGGUUUUCUCGAGUCGGGAGGGGGGACGAGAGGCGGACCCCAUCCAGCCCCGCCCCGCGCCGGAGCAGAGCAGGAGCAGAGCCCGAGCCCCGCCGGAGCCCGGCCUCAGCCCCAGCCAGAGCCCGCACCAGCGUAGCCGGAACCGCGGACCCUGCGCCCCGGCGGCGCCGGAGCCCCGGCCGGUGAAAGUCCUUGAACUGGCCCCACGCUCUCUUGUAGCCCCAGUAGAGUCAAUAUGGGGCCCCAUCAUGCCCCUCAGUGAAGCCUGCAGCUUGAGCAGAUAGCAUGGCCUGCCACUGGGGGUGAACACCAUGGCUACAGGAGGUGGCCGGGCCUUUGCUUGGCAGGUGUUCCCAUCCAUGCCCACCUGCCGGGUAUAUGGUACAGUGGCAUUCCAGGAUGGGCACCUGCUAGUUCUAGGGGGCUGUGGCCGGACUGGACUGCCUCUGGACACUGCAGAGACACUGGACAUGGCCUCACAUACUUGGCUGGCACUGGCGCCCCUGCCCACUGCUCGGGCAGGCGCAGCUGCUGUGGUACUGGGCAAGCAGGUGCUAGUGGUGGGUGGUGUGGAUGAGGCCCAGAGCCCAGUAGCUGCUGUAGAGGCCUUCCUGGCUGAUGAGGGCCGCUGGGAGCGUCGGGCCACCCUUCCUCAGGCAGCCAUGGGGGUCGCGACUGUGGAAAGAGAUGGUAUGGUGUAUGCACUGGGGGGAAUGGGCCCUGACACGGCCCCCCAGGCCCAGGUUCGGGUGUAUGAACCCCGCCGGGACUGCUGGCUUUCGCUGCCCUCGAUGCCCACACCCUGCUAUGGGGCUUCUACCUUCCUACAUGGGAACAAGAUCUAUGUCCUGGGUGCUCCAAUUCCAUUGGCAGGGGGCCGCCAGGGCAAGCUCCCAGUGACUGCUUUUGAGGCCUUUGAUUUGGAGACUCGUACCUGGACCCGACACCCAAGCCUGCCCAGCCGCCGGGCCUUUGCUGGCUGCGCCAUGGCCGAAGGCAGCAUCUUUAGCCUUGGUGGUCUGCAGCAACCUGGGCCCCACAAUUUCUACUCCCGCCCACACUUUGUCAACACUGUGGAGAUGUUCGACCUGGAGCAUGGGUCCUGGACCAAGCUGCCCCGCAGCCUGCGCAUGAGGGCUAAGAGGGCCGACUUUGUGGUUGGAGCCCUUGGGGACCACAUCGUGGCCAUUGGGGGCCUUGGAAACCAGCCAUGCCCUCUGGGCUCAGUAGAAGGCUUCAGCCUUGCACGGCGGCGUUGGGAAGCACUGCCUGCCAUGCCCACGGCCCGCUGCUCUUGCUCUAGUCUGCAGGCUGGACCCUGGCUGUUUGCUAUUGGGGGUGUGGCCCAGGGUCCCAGUCAAGCUGUGGAGGCACUGUGUCUGCGGGAUGGGGUCUGAAUGUUGAUGGGACCUGUUCACUGAUGCAGCUCAGUGACAGAAGCAGACAUCUAUGGUUCUUCUGCUGCUGAGGAAGCUCACUGUGGCUCUGUGGGAUGAGGUGGGGCACUUGAGACAUUGUCUUGGGGACUUGAGGGUUGCCUUCAUCUUUAGUGCAGGACACAUAUACGCUUACACCCUUUACUCCCAUUCAUUCAUGGACCAUGCCCAGCUCCACCCUUGCUCUGGAACCUACUGGGCCAGAAGUGGGAGAGGGCAGAGCUGGCCUCAUGCUCCACAAGGUCAGUGCCUACCUGGAGUAUAUCAGGCCCACCCCAAUGGCUGUUCCUGAAAAAUCCUGUCAGCCUGCCUUGAAGGCCCCUUUGGACCCAGGAGAGUUCAGAGAGGGUGGGUACACAGAGGGGUGGGGGAGUGGAUGCAAGGACCUUCAGAGUGCUAGAAGAAUGAUGGCUUUGGGCCCUAUACACUGCUGGCUGUGUGACCUUGGGCAAGUCAUUUCACCUCUCUGUGCCUCAGCAUCCACAUCUGUAAAUGGGGAUCUCUGAAACCUUCCUACCCUACCUACCUCACAGGGCUGUUGUGAGGAUCCAGGAAGUUCAGAUGUGGAAGUAAAAGUGCUGCUAAAUCUGG